CGAAAGUGGAGACGCGUUGGUUAACGUAAAUUUCUACUGGACGGCGAUUUUCCUGCCAGAUAUUACUGGUAGAUGGUAUCGUCAAAGUAAAUCCGUUGCGGGAUUGGACUUCUGGACACUCGAAACUGGUGCGAAACUAUAAUUGAGUGAAACAAGAUAUCUGAGAGCAAGAGGAAACGAGAGGACAGGUAGACGAACGUGAAGAUAACGGUUUCAAAGACAAACAGAUUUGCACGCUGUACAGGACAAGGACGCUAGGUGAAGACCGGGAUCAGAAGUAAUUCCUGUCAGCUUGAGUUUUUAGGCGCCAGCUUGCUUAGGAAUUGGUCACCGACAUGAAACGAGUUAACAUGUACCCCGCCAAAAGAAGUACACCUUACUCGCCAGAACCAGCCAACAAGAUAAAUAAUAGUGGAAUAUUCAAGAAAACUAAAAUAGAUGAUACUGAGAUAAAAGUAAAUUAUCAGCCAACCCCCCCCCCCCCCCCAGACAUCAGACUGGAAGCUUGACGUGUUCAUCCAAUGUGGACGAGCGUUCGAUCGCAACCAUCCAUUCAUCACCGACCGCCAGACAAACCAUCAACAGAAUUGAACCCCACAAUUCACAUAGCAAUCCACCACACAAGGAGUUAAAAGAGAACCAACAGAUGUCAGAAAGUUGGAUAUGUUCAUUCAAUAACACCAAUUCAACAACUCUUCUAACCAUCAUCAUCUAACGAACAAACCAUCAAAAAGAUUACACCUCAGUCACCAGAAUUAGGACCAGCCAACAAGGUAGAUUGUAAUCAACUACUCAAAGAAAAUAAUGACAAGGAGAUGACAGCAAGUUGGAUGCAAUCAUUCAACAUACACAAGGACACAACACCAACAACUUUGCCCACAGCUUUUGGGGAAAUCAUCGAAAAUACUACACUCCACUCAUCACUCGAUGAGAAAAUGAUAGAAAGUUGGUUACGUCAAAUCACGCAGUUGUCACCAGUCAAAAGAACUCCACACUACUCACCAGGAAUAGGACAAGCCAACAAAAUACAUGGUAGCCGACUGCACAAGGCAAAAGAUGAUGGCAAAGAGAUGACAGAAAAUCAACAGCCACACUCGAAUUCAAGUCAACAGACUGGAAACUUGACAUGUCAAAUUAAGGUUUGCAAAGAUGCCACUCCACCCACACAGCAAUCAUUCUCAGCCACAGCCCGUUCAUUCGGACGAACCAUCGAUAUCAACACAACCUCACCACAUCGAAAGAAUUUUUCAGUCACAACAUUGUGUACCGGGAGCUCAAAAAAUGGCCGCCAGGUAGAUAACAUACCAGGUAUAGUUGACUGUGGUGAAAAAAUCCCUCAAGUGACGUUGCCACCCACAAAACAACUUCUACCUGACAAAAUUUGUGGCGAAGAGAUCCCUCAAGUGGUGUUGCCGCCUACAAAGCAACUACUACCUGAUGACACUUACACAUUUGUGGUGUUUAAUUAUAAAACCACUCUAGCAAAUAUAAAUUGUAGGACUGGGAGGAAAACAAAUGUAUCCUCGGGGGCAGAGCUACGUCACAAGACGUUCCACGUUGCUAAGACGCGCACCACUGUACCAUGCAUUUCUAUGAGCUCUGUGCGCGCUGCUGUGGAACGCCGGUGGAGCCGGUGAAAAUUCGAGAAAACAACACAAACUCAACUUUGAAGUAAUCCUGAACAACCAAAUUUAUAUAUGUUACACACGUAGGGCUAAUCUUGUUACACUGUUCAGGGGAGUCUCAACAACCAUUCCAAAGUACCGUUUUCUGAGAGUUUUCGGCCUUUGUUUACACCGCGAUGGUUGCCAGGUGGUGUAAAAUGCCUGGAUGUUCGCCCUGAAGAUUGCCAUGAAAACCUACA